AUUGUGCUCGUCUCACGCCGGCCCAAGAUGGCGGCGGCGCUGGAGGCCCCGGGCCUGUGACCACAAAGAGGGAGCCGGGGGCUGGACGGGAGCGCGGUGGCGGCGGCUGAGGCCCAGGCCAGGCCCCCUCCCCUCAGCCUCCCGCCCGCCCUCCUCCGCCCGUCCGCCCCGCCCCCGACGGCGGGGCCCCGCCCCUCCCCCAACCGCCCGACUAGCAUGGUGCGGCGGCCGUGCGCGCCGACAUGGGGGAGAAGCUGGAGCUGAGGCUCAAGUCGCCCGUGGGGGCCGAGCCCGCCGUCUACCCGUGGCCGCUGCCGGUCUACGACAAACACCACGAUGCUGCUCAUGAAAUCAUCGAGACCAUCAGAUGGGUCUGUGAAGAAAUCCCGGAUCUCAAGCUUGCUAUGGAGAAUUACGUUUUAAUUGACUACGAUACCAAAAGCUUUGAGAGUAUGCAGAGGCUCUGUGACAAGUACAACCGGGCCAUCGACAGCAUCCACCAGCUGUGGAAGGGCACCACACAGCCCAUGAAGCUGAACACACGGCCGUCCACGGGGCUCCUGCGGCACAUCCUGCAGCAGGUCUACAACCACUCAGUGACCGACCCUGAGAAGCUCAACAACUAUGAGCCCUUCUCCCCAGAGGUGUAUGGGGAGACCUCCUUCGACCUGGUCGCCCAGAUGAUCGAUGAGAUCAAGAUGACUGAAGAUGACCUGUUCGUGGACCUGGGCAGUGGGGUGGGCCAGGUCGUGCUGCAGGUUGCUGCGGCCACCAACUGCAAACAUCACUAUGGUGUAGAGAAAGCUGACAUCCCAGCCAAGUACGCGGAGACCAUGGACCGAGAGUUCAGGAAGUGGAUGAAAUGGUAUGGAAAAAAGCAUGCAGAAUACACACUGGAGAGAGGGGACUUCCUCUCGGAGGAGUGGAGAGAACGGAUUGCUAACACAAGUGUUGUAUUUGUGAAUAACUUUGCCUUUGGUCCUGAGGUGGAUCACCAGCUGAAGGAGCGGUUUGCAAACAUGAAGGAAGGUGGCAGAAUCGUGUCCUCGAAGCCCUUUGCGCCUCUGAACUUCAGAAUAAACAGUAGAAACUUGAGUGACAUUGGCACCAUCAUGCGUGUCGUGGAGCUGUCGCCGCUAAAAGGCUCGGUGUCGUGGACGGGGAAGCCAGUCUCCUACUACCUGCACACCAUCGACCGCACCAUACUUGAAAACUAUUUUUCUAGUCUAAAAAAUCCAAAACUCAGGGAGGAACAAGAGGCAGCUCGGCGCCGGCAGCAACGGGAGAACAAGAGCAACACAACCACGCCCACCAAGGUGCCCGAGAGCAAGGCAGCUGUGCCCGCGGACACCCCCGUGGACUCUGGUGCUGAGGAGGAGAAAGCUGGGACGGCCGCUGUCAAGAAGCCAUCUCCCUCCAAGGCCCGGAAGAAGAAGCUGAACAAGAAGGGCCGGAAGAUGGCGGGUCGGAAGCGCGGGCGCCCCAAGAAGAUGAGUGCCACCAACCCCGAGCGCAAGCCCAAGAAGACCCAGAGCGCACUGGACCUGCUGCACGCCCAGACUGUGUCACGAGCGGCCUCCCCCUUGCCGCAGGAUGCGCACAGGCCACCUCACAGCCCAUUCUACCAGCUACCUCCCAGCGUGCAGCGGCCUACCCCCGAGCAGCUGCUGCUGGCACCCACCCCGCCCGCCCUGCACAGGCUGCUAGAGUCCUUCAAGAUUCAGUACCUACAGUUCCUGGCAUACACGAAGACCCCUCAGUACAAGGCCAACCUGCAGCAGCUGCUGGACCAGGAGAAGGAGAAGAAUGCCCGGUUGCUAGGCGCAGCGCAGCAGCUGUUCGGCCACUGUCAAGCUCAGAAGGAAGAGAUCAAGAGGCUCUUCCAGCAGAAACUGGACGAGCUGGGAGUGAAGGCGCUGACCUACAACGACCUGAUCCAAGCGCAGAAGGAGAUCUCGGCUCACAACCAGCAAUUGAGGGAACAGACAGAGCAGCUGGAGAAGGGCAACCGGGAGCUGAGGAGCCAGAGCCUGAGACUGCUCAAGGCACGGUGUGAGGAGCUGAAGCUGGACUGGUCCACGCUGUCCCUGGAGAAUCUGCUGAAGGAGAAGCAGGCCCUGAAGAGCCAGAUCUCAGAGAAGCAGAGGCACUGCCUGGAGCUGCAGAUCAGCAUUGUGGAGCUAGAGAAGAGCCAACGGCAGCAGGAGUUGCUGCAGCUCAAGUCCUGUGUGCCGCCUGAUGAGGCGCUGACCCUGCAGCUUCGUGGAAAGCCAGAGGCCGAGCCUGGCCGGCUGCACUUAGAGCUGGACUGCGCCCGCUUCUCCCUGCCGCCCUUCAGCAGCUUGAGCCCCGAGCUCUCCAUGAAUGGCCACGCGGCCGGCUAUGAGCUCUGCAGCGCACUGGGUCGGCCCUCGCCCAAGCAGAACACCCCCCAGUACCUGGCCUCCCCACUAGACCAGGAGGUCGUGCCCUGCACCCCCAGCCACAGUGGCCGGCCACGACUGGAGAAGCUGUCUGGGCUGGCCCUGCCUGACUACACCAGGCUAUCCCCUGCCAAGCUGGUGCUGCGGCGCCAUCUGAGCCAGGACCACGCGGCCAGCGGCAAGGCAGCUGCUAGUGAGCUGCACCCACGAGCCGAGCAUGCCAAGGAGAACGGGCUCCCUUACCAGAGCCCUGGCAUCACCAACGGCAUCAAGCUGAGCCCACAAGACCCCCGACCUUCAUCCCCCACGGCUUUACAGAUGGGAGAGAAGGGCCCCGAGAAGGGUGUGAAGGAGCGUGCCUACGCCAGCAGUGGGGAGGCCAUCACCAGCCUGCCCGUCAGCAUCCCGCUGAGCACCGUGCAGCCCAGCAAGCUGCCCGUCAGCAUCCCUCUGGCCAGCGUGGUGCUGCCCAGCCGCGCCGAGAAGGCGAGAAGCACACCCAGCCCUGGGCCGCCGGCCCGAGAGUCGUCAUCCACGCUGGAGAAGCAGGUGGCUGCUAACGCCCAUGGUACCGGGGGCAGUGCUUCCGGGAGCAAGAGCCUCGCCCUGGCUCCCACAGGAUAUGCAUACACCGGCUCGGUGGCCAUCAGUGGGGCCCUAGCGGGCAGCCCGGCACCCCUCGGCCCUGGAACCGAGCCCCCAGCCCUGGACGAGUCCUCCAGCUCUGGAAGCCUCUUUGCCACCGUGGGGUCCCGCAGCUCCACCCCGCAGCACCCGCCCCUGCUGACGCAGCCACGUGCCUGUGGCUCGGCCUCACCGGCCCCCCAGCUCUCCGCCAGCCCCCGGCUAGGCGCCCUGGGCCCGCUUCCUGACUCUGGCAAAGGGGACCUGCCCUGUGAGGCCAGCUUCUCAGACCCUGAGAGCGAAGCCAAGAGGAGGAUCGUCUUCACCAUCUCGGCAGGCGCCAGCAGCGCCAAGCAGUCACCUUCCAGCAAACACAGCCCUCUGCCUUCGGGUGCCCGCGGGGAUGGUGGCCAGGGCCAUGGGCCAGACAGCCGCAAGCGGGGCCGGAGGAAGCGGGCAUCAGCGGGGACCCCCAGCCUGAGCUCGAGUGUGUCCCCCAAGCGCCGGGCCUUGCCAUCUGUUGCUGGGCUUUUCACGCAGUCUUCAGGGUCCCCCCUGAACCUCAACUCCAUGGUCAGCAACAUCAACCAGCCCCUGGAGAUCACAGCCAUCUCGUCCCCUGAGAGCUCCCUAAAGAGCUCACCCGUCCCCUACCAGGACAACGACCAACCACCCGUGCUCAAGAAGGAGAAGCCCCUGAGCCAGACCAAUGGCGCCCACUACUCCCCGCUGACCUCGGAUGAGGAGCCAGGCUCUGAGGAUGAGCCCGGCAGUGCCAGAAUUGAGAGAAAAAUUGCAACAAUCUCCUUAGAAAGCAAGUCUCCACCAAAAACCUUGGAAAAUGCAGGUGGCAGCCUAACGGGAAGGAAGGCACCGCUGGCCAGCGAGCCAGUCAACAGCAGCAAGUGGAAGUCCACCUUCUCGCCCAUCUCCGACCUGGGCCUGGCCAAGGCAGCCGACAGCCCACUGCAGGCUGCCUCCGCUCUGAGCCACAACUCCCUGUUCGCUUUCCGGCCCGGCCUGGAGGAGCCCAGUGCGGCCGAUGCCAAGCUGGCCACCCACUCCAGGAAGAGCUUCCCGGGCACACUGCCGGGGGCGGGCGGGCUGAGCCCCAGUAGCCUUCCUGCCAGCAGCUUCGCCCUGGGCGGGGGCCUAGCAGCUGACCUCAGUUUACACAGCUUCAGUGAUGGUGCUUCUCUCUCCCACAAGGCCCCCGAGGCAGCUGGCCUGGGUGCCCCCCUGAGCUUCCCCGGCCCACGGGGCAAGGAGGGUGGCGCCGCAGAGUCUGGCCCCUUUGCGAACAAGCGGCAGCUGGACGGACUGGGCCCGAAAGGCGAGGGGGGCCUUCCCACGUGCGGACCCCCAGACAAGGCCUCAACAGCGCAUAGCAAGGCCGGCAAGGGUCGUGAGCGCGAGCCCGAUGUCAAGAACGGCCACAACCUGUUCAUGGCCGCCGCCGCCGCACCCCCUGCAGGCCUCCUCAGUGGCCCAGGUCUUGCCCCAGCGGCGUCCUCGGCAGGUGGCGCAGCCCCGUCCGUGCAGACCCACCGCCCCUUCCUGGGCACCUUUGCCCCCGGGCCACAGUUUGCGCUGGGCCCCAUGUCGCUACAGGCCAACCUGGGCCCGUCUGUGCUGCAGUCCCUGUUCAGCUCCGUGCCCGCCGCCGGCCUGGUUCACGUCUCGACCGCCGCCACCAGACUGACCAACUCGCACGCCAUGGGCAGCUUCUCCUCCGGGGUGGCCGGCGGCGCAGUUGGAGGUUCCCUUCCAGGGCCCCCUGAGGGGGGAGAGGCUGUGCCCGCGUGUCCCUUUGGGUCCACUUUGCGCCCGCCACCUCGUUCCUUUUCACGAAACGCAGCCGUGACGGUCGUGUGGGCAGAGCACUCGGGCGUAACUAGGAUUUCUACCUCAACCGCGAGACUAUGCAAGGGCGGGCUGGGCCGGCGGCGCGGGGCCCCCCACGGGACGGCGAGGACGGAUGGAGGCCAGAGAACAGGCUCUACUGUGAAUCAGCGCCGCGCAGACCUGCGGAGACGGCUCGCUGGGGCCCAGCUCCAGCCUGUACUGUCCAUAGUUUUAGAUAAAGUAUUUAUCGUUUUUUAAAAAGUAUAAACAACUUUGACUUAUUUUAUUCCACCGAAGCCGUAAAGGCAACCUAUUGAGAGAUGUAGAUACUAUAUGUGAAAGGAUCUAUGUAAAGACGUCCAUCCGCCCGAGGACUGGCCGCAGCGGGGACCGCCAGCCGCCCGGUGCUAUCUCGUCGCAGGCCGGCCUCCACGCUCUUGGUGCUGACUCUCGGGGUUGACCAAUGCCGACGCCAGGCCCUGUGCCCACCCUGUUUAUCUAACGCUCUUCCUAUACCAAAGGCCCCAGCUCCAGGUGGAGGCCCGCCCCGCCUCGCACUGUGAACGGCCUCGCUCGGCUCCUGGGUCCACAUCACGCCUUUGGCAUAGGAAUGGUGGCCGCGCAGCCAGGCUGCAGCGGGGUGCCUCGAUGAGGGGACCCGUUUGAGUGGUGCUCGCGAGGAGGGUCUGGAACCCGCCGUGUGACAAGUGCAUUUACUUUUGUACGUCUCUGCUCGUCCGGUCCCGUGCCACGGCUGCCCAGGGAGGGUUAGUGCCGGUGGUAGCUGGGGACGGGGGUGGUUAGUCGUGGGUGCCUGGUGUGUCUACAGGGGAGUCACGCUGACAGGUGACAGUAUUUUAUAGAGAUGUGAUGAAAAUUUAUAAAUUUCAUAGACUUGACUUCAUUUAUUUUUAGACUGUAUGAUGAAUACACAGUAAACUAAAGAGAAAAAGGAAGAAAGAAAAGUGAGGGGAAACCUUGCUGUUUAUUCAAGUGCACAGAGGUGCUGGCCCAGGGCACAGCUGGCCUGCCCACCCACCACCCCGCAGCUGGAGUGACACUCUCCCCCCGCGCUCCCGCCCCCAGCAGCCACAGUAGUGCUGCGGGAGGGAUGUGGUGGGGUGGCAGGGCAGGAGUGCUGGUCCCUGAGGCUCCGAGGUGGUGGGUGGGGCUCUGUCCUCUGCACAGCGUCUGUGACUGUGCUGGGUCCUUGGUGCAGCGGUGUUGUCUGUGUGCCUCCCUGGAAGGGCCAAUGUUGGCCAAAGGUGCUGGCAGGGGGCCCAGACCCCAAGGUGGGCAUUCAGAGCCCUGUCCUCAGGUGCUCACCGCCCCCACCACCAGGUGGCACCCCCCCAAGGAGAGCAGGAGGUGGGCCUCCACAUAGGGAUCUAACCUGAGCCUUCCCCAGCCUGGCCACCACCACCCACCCCUGCAGAGUGGGGCCCUCUGCUGUCCCCGAGGAUCAGUAUGGUAGCUGAGCCCCAGCCCGCCUCCUCAUUCCUGGGGUGAGUCUGGAGCCAGCCUUUCUGGCAGAUGGAGGCCCCGCGAGAUACAGGCCACAGGGUCAGAGCAGGACAGUGUCCCACCUCUGGCCACUUCUGCACUGCUGAGAGCAGCAGUUGAAGCUGGAGAUGGAGCCCUCCUCCUGUGACCACCGGCCCUGCCCUGCCCCCUCCACCCCAGGUCGGUGCUCCUGGUGGGUGUGUGAUGGUGCUGUCCUGCCCCCUGCCCCCCACCCCUCUUCAAGAGGCUCCCCACCCCCAACAGAAAGCUGCGGGGCUGCCUGAGGAGCCCCAUCUGAACAAAUGACACUGUACACAAACACUGCAUGGCUUGCGGGCCACCAUGCCUUGUCUGCCCUCCAAGCUACAGGGACAGACACGUGCACAGGGCCUGCCCCACAGCGGGGCCAGCUUGGCCUCUCCACACCCACCAUCCUGCCCCAGCCCCUUGCCUGGGCCUGGGAGCCGCUGCCACAGGAAGGAGGGGGCGCCAGGGUGUUGGGCGUGGGGAGGAGCCCCGCUGCUGCUGUUGACCCGGGCGCUCCACUCCACUCCAGGAAGUCCGAUGGCUACGGUCGCUUUGCUCAGGAAACCCUAACAAUGAAGACACCCUCUGGUCAGGGGACACAGCCCUCCAUUUAGCUACAAGUCAAAUCGUGACCUAUUUAAGAUUCCCCCAUUAUUUAUCCUGCCCGUCCACUGUAGGACUGUUUGUUCUCACUCACACAUCCAUCCACGCUCGCUCUGUCACACCUUGGUUUGUAAUGCAGAUGGGCUUUGCUUUGUCGUUUUGGUAGCCUGUGUUUCAGUUGGGGCGCUAACUCCCCUCGCUUCCCAAGGGAACCCCACUGCACUGCAUAUCCAUCUCUAGACGCUGUAAUAAAAUACCUGUUUUCACUUGAA